AUGCGACAGAUUGUGAAUGAGACGCUAAGAUGUGCCACCAUCGCCCCGUAUGCCGCUCGUUUUCAAGAUUUUGAUUCGGAACUCGGAGGGCACAUGAUACCAAAGAAUACGCCUGUGAUCCAAGCCUUGGGCGUAGCGCUGAAGAACGAGAAGUAUUGGCCCCUCCCAAAUGAAUUUGACCCGGACCGCUUCAGCCCAGAAAACAUAAAGAAUAGACCACCUAUGUCGUUCCAGCCAUUUGGAUUUGCCGGAAGGCGUGUCUGCCCUGGAUAUCGGUUUGCCUAUGCAGGGGCAACAGUCUGUCUGGUGACCUUGCUAAGUAAAUUCAAAAUCAAAUUAGUGGGUGAUCACGUGCCUAACCCCGUUUAUGGACUGGCCACUCACCCAGAGGAGGAAAUAUGGGUCAACAUUGAAAAGCGAUAAUUUGUAUGGUCAAUAGCAUCUAAUGAAAACAGGCUUAAAAUGGAAAGUGAUGAUGAAGGGAGAUUUUUGUGUUUUAUGUAAACAGA